CAUCCGCCAUAAAAAGUCAUUAGAAGAAGAAGAACGCUUUCCCGUCCUCUUUUUAUUGUUUUAUUGAGUGUAAACAGAGUCUUGUCUCUGUGUAUUUUAGUGUUGAGAUUAUGAUGAUGACAGACGAGAUGUGCUGUAAAUCAGUAGGAACUGAUCUGUCCAUGCUGGAUAUUGAUGAUUUCAUCACAGAAAUCUCUCAGCUGAAGAAAGAGGUGGCGUUACUGGAGACAAAGCUGAGGUCAAGAGGAGAUGAAGGAGUGAAGAGAGAGGAUGUGGAUUGUUGUGAAUCUUCAGUGUAUGUGACUGAUGGAUGUCUGGAUUCAGUGUGGAUGAGCAGAGAUCAGAGGCGCACACCACAGCCACUGCUGGACUCUAAACUCUCUGAAGAGAAAUCCAGACACACACAGGACUCAGAGCUCAGUCUCACUUUACUCUGUUAUACUGAGUCAAAGCCCACAGACGCUCAGGACACUGUGUGUGACAGUAAUCAGGGCUUACAGGAUGAGGAAUCUACUGAUCAAACCUCCACAGAGUCUCUGGAUUCUGUCUGUAACGCUGGAGAACAGCAGCAGAUCCUGCAUAACAAACUGAUCGACUGCAGGAACCUGAUGAUGAAGAUUAAAACAGAACCCACAGAAGAGGAAGAUCACACUGAAGAAGAUAAUAAUAUCAUCAUGUCAGAUGUGAAGAUUGAAUCUUGUUCUGAGGAAGAAACGUCCUCAACAUCAGAAGAUCGACUGACAUCACAAACUCUUUCCUGCAUCACCUGUGGAAAGACAUUCAGCUCACAGAGACAUUUAGAGACACAUGAGAGAAAACACACAGAACAGAAACUCAGCUUUACUACCUUACAAGAGAAGAAACUUCAUCAUUCAAAAGAGCACGAAGAGAAGCAGCAGUUUCACUGUGAUCCGUGUGGGAUGAAUUUUGUCUUCUUAUCUCAGCUGGAAGAUCACAUGAGGACACACAGUGGUGAAAAGCCUUUCUGCUGCACUGAAUGUGGAAAUUACUUCAGCACCAAACAAAAUCUUGAUGCUCAUCAGAGAAUUCACACAGGAGAAAAACCAUACGAGUGUCCUCACUGUGAGAUGAGAUUCAGAGAAAAAAGCUGUCUGAAGAAACAUGUGUUUAUACACACCAAUGAGAGACCGUAUAAGUGCAGUGAAUGUGACAAAGCCUUUAGGGAUUCAGGUACAUUAAAAAGACACCAGAAUAUUCACUUUAAAGAGAAACUCUAUCAAUGUUCACACUGUGAUAAACGUUUCUGUCAGAAAUCUAAUCUUAUAUGUCAUGAGAGAAUUCACACUGAAGAGAAACCUUACAAAUGCUCUCAGUGUGAAAAAACGUUUACCCGGUCAAGUAACUUAAAAGCCCAUGAGAGACUUCACACUGGAGAGAAACCUUAUCACUGUAGUGUCUGUGGGAAGAGUUUUAAUCAACAUAAUGUUUUAGUGAAGCACCAGAGAACUCAUACAGGUGAAAAACCUUACAAAUGCUCUCAGUGUGAAAAGACGUUUACUCAGUCAAGUAACUUAAAAGCCCAUGAGAGACUUCACAUCGGACAGACAGAAACCUUAUCACUGUAGUGUUUGUGGGAAGAGUUUUAAUCAACAUAACAUUUUAGUGAAAAAGCCCAUGAGAGAAUUCACACUGGAGAGAAACAUCAUCACUGUAGUGUUUAUGGGAAAAGUUUUUAUCAAAAUAACAAUUUACUAAAUCACAAGUGAACUCAUACCGGUAAAAAGACUUCAUAAAUGCUCUCAAUGUGAGGAGAUGUUUGCUCAGUCAGAUGCCCUGAUCCAUCAGAGACUUUAUACUGGAGAGAAACCUUUCGUCUGCUGUCACUGUGGAGAGAGAUUUACUGAUUUAAGAGGUUUUUAGACUCCCAAGAAGAAACAUUCUGAAGAACAAACUACAAUGAAAUCAUCAUAGCAUCUCAAUCUGUGGAGAAAAUGUCUGUUUUAUGUUUAUGUUUCAGUAUUGUUGUGUUUGAAUAUUGUUGUGAUGAUGUUUAUGUUUUUGUAAAUGUUUUUCAAUCUUAUUUUCAAAAGACAGACAGUAAUUUUAAACAUCAUAUAUAGUCCGUUGUAACAGAUUGAAGGUCAAUAUGACUGGAGAAAAGGAGUAGGUUCAGACAUAACUUUUGACCACUUAAUAAGUUUGCUGCUUUAACGCUAAUUUCAUUUCAUAUAUUUUUUUUCUUUUUUUAAUCAAUGUUUUCUUGAACUGUGAAUAUAAAUAAACAAGAAGGGUGUCAGACUCA